UAGAUCGUAUCUUGUAAUGUCAUCUAAAUGGAUAAAAUCUACCAUUUGUCCCGUUGUUCAUUUAUGGCAACCAUUGGAGAGCCACAAACUGCUAUCUCAGUAUUUACUCCACUUUAGAGGGGGCGGUGUUGACCCUUCGCGCACCCCGCCUACUAGUUCUUUCCUCGUUGUCUACGUCACUCGAGCGAACUCCAUGCAAAUCGCUCCUCACUGGAACGCCAUUGGCCGCUCGCUCGUUUUAAUCGCUGUCAAAACGCAUCAUAUGGCCGCCGCUUUAACUAACUCUUCAACUCCACUAGGAAAAGUAACUCAAAUGCACGUUCAAUUAACGUGGAUGUGAAACGGCACUCGGAGAGGACACUACAGGAGAAAACAGAACGCCCGAAACUAACUGCAGACGGUUUGGAUUAACUGAAUUGCACAUUACACCGGAGCUCCACUGCCUUGUGAAGCACCUGCUUCAAGCGGACUACGGAACGCUGAAAGUUUAUGCUUUUUCUCUGUGAGCUGUGAAGUUUUAAGCCACUUGAAUGUAUAGCAUGAUGAUGGAAACGGACCUCCAUUCCCCGGGACCCCAAACCAACACAAAUCCGGGACAAACGGGUCCAAAUUCGGGGAGCAAAGCCAACCAAGACCGCGUAAAAAGACCCAUGAACGCUUUUAUGGUGUGGUCCCGUGGCCAGCGCAGAAAAAUGGCUCAGGAAAAUCCUAAAAUGCAUAACUCUGAAAUUAGCAAAAGACUCGGUGCUGAGUGGAAGGUGAUGUCAGAGGCUGAAAAGCGGCCCUUUAUCGAUGAGGCAAAGCGGUUGCGAGCCAUGCACAUGAAGGAGCAUCCGGAUUACAAAUACAGACCGAGGCGCAAAACCAAGACCCUGCUUAAAAAGGACAAGUACUCGUUGGCCGGCGGCUUGCUCGGCAGUGCAGGUCCUGGGGGAGGCGUGGGUCUUGGGGUCGGGAUGAGUCCUGUAGGGGUCGGCCAGAGGUUGGAGAGUCCUGGGGGUCACGGAGGCUCGACCAGCGCCGGUUACGCACACAUGAACGGCUGGGCGAAUGGCACUUACUCUGGCCAAGUGGCCGCCGCCGCAGCAGCGGCUGCUAUGAUGCAGGAGGCACAGCUCGCUUAUAGCCAGCACCCAGGUAGUGGGUCACAUCAUCACCACGCGCAUCACCAUCACCCGCAUAACCCGCAGCCCAUGCACCGCUACGACAUGACUGCCCUUCAGUACAGCCCCAUCUCCAACUCCCAGAGCUACAUGAGUGCCUCUCCGUCUGGCUACGGUGGGAUAUCGUACACGCAGCAUCAAAACUCCAGUGUCGCUUCUUCUGCCGCCAUCGGUGCGCUGAGCUCACUCGUGAAGUCCGAACCGAAUAUAAGCCCUCCGGUUACCACACAUUCCCGAGGACCCUGCCCCGGAGACUUGAGAGAAAUGAUAAGCAUGUAUUUACCGACCGGGGAGUCCGGUGAUCCGUCUGUUCAGAGCAGACUUCAUGCCUUACCGCAGCACUAUCAGAGCACAACUGCCGGAGUUAACGGAACUGUCCCAUUGACGCAUAUUUGAAACAGCUAAAGGAAAGCUAUGGGGGUCUGUGUAAGGAUGAUUGUGAGAGACUCUGCUGGAAUUUGGCAGGCCCGAUGCUUGGAGAGGCGCCCCACGCUGUGACUCCCAUUCAGCGGUCCAGCGCGUUGUGAGGUUGGGAAGUUUCACUGAGCCGUGCACUCAAUGGCACCACAAAGCUGAUUACAAGCCCCAGCGAAUUCCUGAAGGGACCGGGCAGCCACGCAGGUGUGCGGGAAACCGGGGCAACCCAUCACAGUAUUGUGACAGCGCCCGGAGACCACACAAAGUGCAGAAGCAUCCCGGGAAGCGGCCAGGCAUUCGGUGGGAAAUGAACACCUUCGAGGCCUUGCAUGUGCUCUCCCUUAAUUAUGAGCGAAAGAGAAGGGAGGAGAAACUUUCCGGUGGUUUAUUAAAAUGAUGCCCAAUCUCAUCAAGACUGUAAACUAAAAUGUCAAACACUAGGCUCGCGUAUUUCUGCAACGCCGUGAUAAUUUUUGCCAUAUGCAUCCUGAUUUUUCACAUCCUCUUGUGUCUCGUGUUAACGAUAUAAGAUUGGGGUUCGGGGUUAACGACGAUUCAUAAAACGCAAAGGCCCGCUCACGCUCACUGUGCCCAAUUCAUUUUCCCUGGUGCGAAAAAUCUACAUCAAUGAAGCAGACAGCGUAUUUAAUUAGAGCGGAGUCUAACUAUCAAUUACUCAGGAAAAACACAGGAUCCCCAAGGACCGGUAAUCAGCGCGCCAACAGUCGGCCGAGCGCUCAUUACAGCAAAGCGACAGGCGGGAAUAAUAAUCAGGGCGCGGCGACGCAUCUGCCUAUUUCCGCGGCUUCCUGUUGCCUCUCUGAAGUUUAAUAACUUGUUCUUUGCAGUUUUGCAUCGCGUCACUUUUUUCUUUGUGUCCAACGCGACCUUUUUCAGUAAGAUAUGAACAUUAAAUAAUAAUCAUGCCUACUGUGUUAUGCGCUCCUCCAACAUUAGGCGCAAUUUGAAAAAGGGCUCAGUUCUACUUUACGCGGCUAAUUUAAUCCACCGCAGAGUCAACAAGGGCUAAUUGAGAUCAGCGGGGCGCAGAAACCCUUUCAAAAUCAAUUUCUCCCGUGUCCUGGAUUGUCCCUUAAAGUCGUGGUGCUUGGCUUUUGGGACUUAGAAGUAAAAGUAACCAUAUUGCGGGAGUCUAUAGAUCAAGACUUUAAAUCCUGAAAUACACACAUGGCAAAGGUCUUUGAGAUGGCAUGAAACGUGUUUCAGUUCCCAUGCCUUGCCUAAUAAAUAUGCUAUAAAUCUAUUCCAGUCUUGGCCUCACCUGUGUCCUGUCACCCCUGCUGUCCUCAUGUGAUUAGGGCACAAAAGCACUUACCCGGCCCGGCUAUGGUAGUCAAUCAACCACAACGGACUAUGCUAAUUGAGGGGAAAGGCGAAAGGAAGACGAACAGUGAUCCCAAUUGUUCGGUGAAUUUCACAGCUCAGUGCAGCUGCAAUGCUACUGUUCUCCCGAUACACUCUCCCUUCACGUCCAACACAGCGCUACUGUAAGACCAAUGCGAACAGAAAAGGAAUUUUAAACGUUCGCAAAAAUGUUCCCACAGAAGUUGAUGUUUUAGAUCAAUAGCUGUAAACCGUCGCACAGUUUUCAAUUUUGGGGAUAAAAUGACGUUUCGCUGUACGAAAAAGUUUUUGAGGAGCUGUCCAGGUCCUGAAAUGCACGGGCAAUGUGGGCUCGUGAAGGAAAAUAUGUCCUUUUAUGUUCCCUGUAAGGCUAGUUUUCUCCUUUUCUCCCUUUCUCUGAUUCUUUAUUCUUAUAUUUCCAUUGACGUACAUAAAGACAAUGUGGUCGAAUUUAAAACUGGACAAUUUUUCAAUUGACAUAUUAUGUGAUUUUGUAUAAUAUGUUUCAAAGAUUUAUACUAUUUAGAAUUAUGUUUUAGCAAGAAGGCAUAAUUUAUGCAUUUCUUAUUUAUUUUCAUUGAUAUUUCUCAAAAAUUCAUGAUCAGCCAUUGUUUCUGUGGUUUGGCUGUCUCUUUUAUCUGAUAUCAGAUGUUUACCACCAAAACAACUUGCAGCAUACACAAAACGAAUGGCAACUUUAACUGUAAAUUACUUUUUCCUCGCAUGUAGUUUGACCCAUCUCAGAAUGUGCCCUUCUUCUCAGCAGGGGUCAGAAAAUAGGCCUGAGAAUUGUUUGUGUUUUACCGCUGCUGGAGUCCCACUGUGCUUCUGUAUUUUGUGAUGGGAUAAACUUUAACUGUGUCUGAUUGUGUUGCUUUUACAUUUGAAAGAGGGGGAGAGAGAGACAGAAAAAACAACAAUAAAAGAAGUUGAUGUU